AGAGCCUAGUUAAACUGAUUUGUCCCUCUCCGCUCUCCGUCUGAAAACUUUGGCCGAAAGGGUCGUAGACAUGGCGGCGAUCAGGAUGAACAAACAAAGGCUUAGAAAAACUGCUUGCUCCAAAUCAUACAGCUACUAAGUGGAAUAACUAAGUUCAAACAGAUGGGAAAACUGACAACCAUGCCUACAGGUCUGAUUUAUGCAUCUGUAAGUGUACAUGCAACCAAAGAAGAGGAACCCAAAAAGCAGCUAGUGAAACCAGAGCAGCUCCCCAUAUAUACGGCACCGCCGCUCCAGUCUAAAUAUGUUGAAGAGCAGCCUGGUCAUUUACAAAUGGGCUUUGCUUCUGUCCGCACUGCAACUGGUCGUUAUAUUGGCUGGUGCAAGGGUGUUUAUGUCUUUGUGAAAAAUGGGAUAAUGGAUACAGUACAAUUUGGAAAAGAUGCUUAUGUCUAUCUGAAGAAUCCUCCUCAAGAUUUUCUUCCGAAAAUGGGAGUUAUUACAGUUUCAGGAUUGGUGGGCUUGGUUUCAGCGAGAAAAGGUUCUAAGUUUAAGAAAAUUACUUAUCCUCUGGGACUGGCCACUUUAGGAGCAACUGUUUGCUACCCAGUUCAGUCGGUAAUAAUUGCUAAGGUGAGUUCUUUUUAAAUAAUUGUCUCUCAG